AUGACAUCCACUUUUCCUCCAUCCAGCUUCUUCUCGGCCACACCAAGCCCCCACUACGGACCCCGUGUGACCAUCGACGGUGGCUUCUUUCCUUACAUCCUGGACAAAGUGAUAGCUUAUUCCGACGUGCGUACCCUCUUCCAGUGGCGGGCCACGUCCAGGACCCUCCAGAAGCGACUUGACCCGAUCCUUUUCCGCACCAUCACUGUUGAGGUGCAGUCUUCUCAAGGCUUCGAUGACAGGCAACGGUUCAUUUCAGUCCGCGUUCGGGAUGCCCCGAUUUUCCUUGAUCCAAUCGUUCACCGGCACUUGAUUGCCAAGUAUGCUCGAGUGGUGGACGUGGUCGAUGGCGAGGGCAUGAAAGUGGACCUGCACCCAAACCUGCAGGCUGAACUGGCCUACGACCUGAGCUGUAGAAUCUCCUUGUUCCUCAAGUACGUCAAACGUCAUCGACGUCAGCGGUGA